GGCAGAUUUGGCAACCUGAGAUUUUAAAUUCAACGCUCUGCAGUACGAGCGUCUGCUCCAGAUAAACAAUAAACAUCAAUAAUGAUGUUGAAUUGACAAAUACAUUGAAUUCAAUGGAAUAAAACACAAACAAAAGAUUCUUUUUAUCAGAACCAUGUCAGGUCGAAACCAUAGAAACGAAGACAUCUCCGAUGAUGACAUCGAGCCUGCUGAGCGCUUGGAGGGUGAUUCAGACGAAGAGGGUGGUCUUCGUCUCGACGAGGACAUCUACAUCCCUCCGCCUCCAGCUCAACUGCACGAUGCUAACUCAGUGUGUGGUCGUCUCGUUAUCACAAAAAUCGUUAAUACAAACUUCAAGAGUUAUGCUGGUGAGACUGUCAUAGGUCCCUUCCACGAGUGUUUCUCAGCAAUUGUAGGCCCCAAUGGCAGUGGGAAGAGUAACGUCAUUGACUCCAUGCUCUUCGUGUUCGGUUAUAGAGCCAGUAAAAUUCGAUCGAAAAAAAUCUCCGUCCUUAUUCACAAUUCCAACGAACAUCCCGACAUUACCAGUUGUACAGUUGGCGUUCACUUUCAAAAAAUAAUUGACAAAGAGAACGGCUUCGAAGUCGUUCCCAAAUCGGAGUUCGUCAUUUCAAGAACAGCCUUCAAGGACAGUUCCUCGUUCUACGAAUUGUCUGGACGAAAAGUUCAGUUCAAAGAAAUAGCCAAACUAUUAAGAAAAGAAGGAGUUGAUCUGGAUCAUAAUCGUUUUCUGAUCCUCCAAGGAGAGGUCGAGCAAAUCUCCCUGAUGAAACCAAAAGCCCUUAAUGACCAUGACUGUGGAAUGCUGGAAUUUCUGGAGGACAUUAUUGGCACCACUCGGUACAAAGUUCCUCUGGAAAAACUUGUAGAUAAGCUUGAGACGUUGUCGGAACGCGUUACGGAGAGGACGAAUAGGCUGAAACUCGUGGAAAGAGAGCGAGAUGAGAUGAAGGAGCCUAUGGAAGAGGCUGUAGACUACUUGAAGAUGGAAAAUACUAUUACAAAGUUACAGCACAAGUUCUACCACUGCCGAAAAACAGAGCUAACAAACGAUAUCAGUAAAAAAGCAAAAACCCAAACCGAAUUUGAGGAAGACUUGAAGAAACUAACAGAGAAAUUGCAAUCCAUUCACAAAGAGAAGGACCUGAAAAUCCAAGAAAUGAAGGAGAGGAACAAGAAAUGGGAUGCCAUAGAAUCGAAAAAAGUAUCUGCGACAGAAGCUUUCGAUACUAUCCGAAAAAAAGAUGAAGCUCUCCACGCAGAACUGGUGGAGACUAACAAACGACGCAAGGCCAACAUGGCGUUACUGAAAGCUGAGAGAGAAAAACUAGAGGAUCUGAAAAAAGUUCCCGAGAAGAGCGCGAAGGAUAUCGAGGAAUGUGAGCAUUUGAUCCAGCGUCACACAGCAACUCUUGAAAGGGAAGAAGCCACCUUGAAAAAAGUCAUGGCUUCUCUCAAGGAGAAGACAGAACCACUCCUGAAGCAGCGCUCAGUCCUUGAAACGAAAUUAAUCUCCCACAGAAAAAAAGUGAACGAAGCGAAAGCUAAGGUCAACCUGGCUGAGUCAGAGCUCCAGAUCUAUACGUCCGUGGAGGAGACUGAGAAGGGCAAGCUUAAGAAGCUUCAGGAGACUCUGCAAACUACUGCUGAGACUCUGAAGGACAGAAAAGAGAAGCUUUCGAUCUUCGAAACGAAAAUUCCUUCGACUCAAAAAAACCUCGAGAAGACUAAGCAGCAAUUGGAACAAGUCCGAGUCCAGGAAGAUCAGAUAAAUCGACGUAUGCGAACCCUGAGACUCCAGCUUGAGGAAAAAAAAUCUGCAAUGAAUGCCAGCAGAUCUCGAAAUCGAGUGAUCGAUGCCCUGAUGCAGCAAAAACGAGAGGGAAAGAUUCCAGGAAUCUUGGGAAGACUUGGUGAUCUAGGAGCGAUCGAUGCAAAAUUUGAUGUAGCAAUGUCCACGGCUUGUGGACCCCUUGAUAACGUCGUGGUUGAUACUGUGGACACUGCUCAGGCUUGCAUCAAAUUUCUGAAGGACAACGACAUCGGUCGAACGACGUUCAUUCCCCUCGAGAAGCAACAAAAGUUCCUCAAUGAUUGCAAUCAGAAGAUCAGAACUCCAGAAAAUGUUCUGAGAUUAUUUGACUUGAUUCGCGUAGAGGAUCGGAAUGUUCUUCCAGCAUUUUACUACGCAAUCCGCGACACUCUAGUUGCUGACGACCUCAAUCAAGCCUCGAGAAUUGCGUACGGCGCGAAGAGAUUUAGAGUUGUCACACUCAAGGGGGAGUUGAUCGAAACCUCUGGAACAAUGAGUGGAGGUGGGAGGACUGUAUCCCGAGGAAGGAUGGGCCAGAGCGUGGUGAGGGCUGAGCCCUCAAGCGGGGAUGUACAAAAACUCCAGGAGGAGUUGAAUCAUCUGAUAGAAGAGAGCACUCGUCUCCGGCUGAGCGUCCCAAAUCUUGAAGAAAUGAUCUACAAACUAACGACGGAACUACAGGAGAUGGUCUUCAACAAGGAUAAAUACGAUAUUGACUUCAAGACCCUGAAGGAGCAAGCACCAUUGCUGAAACUUCAAUUGAAGUCUCAGGAGAAAAAAACCAAGGAUGCGAUUUCGGAUCCUGCAAAGGUCAAGGCCUUGACCAAAACUCUGAACUCCGCACAAGCAGAUUUUAAGGGCGUCCAGGAGAUGUCGCAGUCUACCGAGGAUGAUGUAACGCGAAUCAAUCAAGAGAUAGAGAACUUGUCAGGUGGACAAGUUAAGGAGCAACAGAAGAAAAUCCAAGCAGCUUUGAAAUCAAUUGACAAGGCAAAGUCAGAGAUCUGCCGGCUUCAGGUCUCCAUAAAGACCUCUGAAAGGAACACGAAGAAGAGUGAACAGAGAAUCGAGACAUUGGAGAACGAUGUCAAGUCCUGUGAGCAACGAAUCAAAGAUGUGCAAAAGGAGAAGCAACAGAUUGAGACUGACGCUAAAGUCCUUCUAGACAAAAUCGAGAAGUACAAGGAGGCUUUGAAAGAGAGUGAUGAGGCUUCUGAUGAAUUUAAACAGCAACUGCAUACCCUGCAGGAGAAGGAGACCAAACUCAAGUCAUUGAGGAUAGAUCUAGAUCAGAAGCUGUCAGAUCUCACGAAAACCAGAACGGAGCUUUCCGAUAAACUUAAUGACUACUGCAAGAAGAUCAAGUCCCUGAAGUUGAAUAAAUUACCAGCACAAGCGCAAGAAGAGCUGACUGAUCCGACGGUUGAGGAGCUGGCCCGUCUAGAUACUAGGACAGUCGCGACGAACCUUGCAGCUGCGAAAGAAAAGCUACCCGAGUCAAUCCCCAACAUGCAGAUUAUCCGAGACUUCCUCGAGAAGGACGCUGUCUUCAUUCAGCGAUCCAGAGAUGUCGAGGAAGUGACGAAAAUGAGGAACUCAAUGAGAGCUGGAUAUGAUCUCGCUAAGAAGAGAAGAACGGAAGAAUUCUUCGCGGGAUUCAGUGUCAUCACGAAUAAAUUAAAGGAGAUGUAUCAGAUGAUCACGCUUGGUGGUGCUGCCGAGCUGGAGCUAGUGGACUCAUUGGAUCCCUUCAGUGAGGGCAUUGUCUUCAGUGUGCGACCGCCCAAAAAGUCGUGGAAGAAUAUCAGUAAUUUGAGUGGUGGGGAGAAGACACUGAGCUCACUGGCGCUUGUUUUUGCUCUGCAUCAUUACAAACCGACGCCUCUGUACUUCAUGGACGAAAUCGAUGCUGCCCUGGACUUCAAGAAUGUCUCCAUUGUGGGAACUUAUAUUAAAGAGAGGACCAAGAAUGCCCAGUUCAUUGUCAUUAGUUUGAGAUCAGAAAUGUUCGAGCUUUCGGAUAGUCUUGUGGGGAUUUACAAGACCUUCAACUCCACAAAGUGUGUGGCAGUCAAUAUUCGGGUGUUGUCGAUCAAUCAUCCAGGAAUAAUUCAAGAGAGAUUGAGUGAUAUAUCGCAGAGGAGGCGCGGGUACACGCAGCUUUCCAAUAGGAGUGUAGGACUUUCUCAGGUCUUUCCCGCAAGCUGUCCUUCAAGGGUCGGACGGGAGGUUGAUACGAGCUUAAAAAAUGUAUCAAUACCAUCCCCUUCUCGACCUGCAUCGAGACAAUCAUUACGACGACGAGGUGCCUCCACAUCGUCGGAAGCAGAAUCAUCUCAGUCUGAGAGUGAACAUUCGCAAUCGACGAAGAGAAAAAGGCGCAGAUUAUAAAGAGAAUCUUCUAUGGUUUAACAUUUAGAAGUUUAUCAAUUAUGCUGUCGGCAUAUUUUAUUAUUAAUAACGAUGAAAUUCAGAGAUUAUAUUUUGGAAAGAUCGAUGCAAUCGAUCGACUAUUUUUACUAUUGCAAUGACCAUUCAUCAUGUAUGAUUUUUACAUGAUUAGUGAAGGGAUAACAUUCGAAUUAACAUUCUUUAAUUAUUAUAUGAAGAAAUAAAUGUAGAAGUCAAUAAACGUAGGUAUUGACAAUUGCGCACAAUCAUUGUUUAAGCAAAUAAAUAUUAAGGUAUUUUACCUUCAAUAUA